CACGACUUCAGUGCGCAACGAAUCGUGAUCGCGAUAGGACGUCCGAGUGAAACCGGCCGGUUAGUUGUUAAUAAUACAUUUUUUUACGCUGGUGCUGCGUUUUCUGCUACUUACUUGAGCAUCAGCUAGUGACGUGCGAAAAUAAGAAUUAUAAAGAGAGUGAGUGAUCUUCUAUUGCCGCACACGCGAUCGGUGUGAUGUCGUUUGAAAUGGCCCUCAAGCCCUCAAGUGGUGCUCAAACAAUUUAACAGCGCUUUACAUCAACGGCCGGCAGUUUUGUGCACGUUGCUAUGCAUGAUAAUAACGACCCUAGCCGACAGCAGUCAACGCAGUGGAAGCGCCGCAGUGAAUCUUAAUUGGGCAGUUAGAAAUAAUUGCAUAAUGAGUUGCGAUUAGUGGAUCCAGUUUAUCGAAGAAGUGGUUGUCUUUAGUUCUGCACGGGACUGUGUGGCUGACCACGAGGCGUGCCGCGAGCGGGCGAAAAUAGAGUGUUCAGUUACAAAAUAAAUGAGUGCUUCCGUCGAGCAGUAGAUCGAUUACGGUGGACAAUGAUUUGGCGUUAUCGAAUAUUGGCGCUUUAUGGGUUUGCGAUAGUAUCGCUGACUUGCGGGUCCGGAUUAGAUGAAGAUUUGUCGCCGUCAACCGUUAACAUAACAGAUAUCUUCCCAUGUUGUUCCGAUGCAUAUGGAUCGUGUAGAAUCGCGUGCGAAAGCCUAUCACUGGUUAAACUCGCAUCAGACAAUACCAACAAGGACUGGAAACUUCACGAUAUUCGACGAUUCUGCCAACCACCCGAAUCUCUGUUCUGGAAUUGUUUGAACGUUACUCUAGCUUCCAUCCAGCGAGGCAUCACGUGGCCGGGCCGAACAUGCUGUUCGUUGGGAAUGUCUCUGAAAUGCCAAAAUACAUGUGCAACAGCGUCUGAGAAAGAAGACCUACUGGUAGGGUGUCGACACAGUGACGAACAGCGUUUGUUCGAUUGUAUCCAGCGGCAAGAAGAUGGUGAUAGCUGUUGUGGACAGGCCCGAACAUCGGAGUGCUUACAGGCAUGCAAAGAUGUCUUUAGGUUCAAUCAAACGCCCAACAAACAUCAACGAGAGCUUGUGCAGAAUACCUGCAGCAAUAAUAACACCGAUGUUCUGCAGUGUAUUAGAGAAUAUGUCGAGGUCACCGUUAAUGAAAACUUGAAACAUUAUCUUCCCUGCUGUGAUCAGACAGCUGAUAAUCAAUGCAAAAAAGCAUGUCGAGAAACCCUAUUAGAAGGCAGCAUUACCGAAGAAGAAACUAUCGACGUUCUCCAGAGUGCAGGCUGUGGCGUUCCACUACCUCACGAUCCGUUGUGGAAGUGCUUCUUUUCGUUCGGUAAAAACAAGGUAGCAUCAGUUAAUUCCAACGAAAUAUCUCGCAUCAAUCAAGUGGGAAUGGAUUCGGCAAAAUUGCACUGCUGUAUGAAAGCCAACUCAACCAGGUGUCGUAAGUUUUGUAUCGCAACGUACUCAAAUGAGUGGACUACAAAUUUGGCGGAAUUCGACAAUAGUUGUUUGCUGUCGAAGGAUGAGUUCAGUAUGAAGCAAUGCGUUGAUGAAGUGGACGAACCAUGUGAGCUGGGUUGUGACGGACUCUCGUAUUGCAGCAAUUUUAAUAAUCGUCCAACGGAACUGUUUCGCAGCUGUAGAGCUCAAUCGGAUAACGCAGCUCUUAGUGAUGUAGAACAGUGGAAGGAACAGCGUAUUGUCAAACUACCCGGUAUUAAUUUACCAAUACGAAACAUUAGUGAAUGUUCGUUGGAAACGUGGAAAUCGAUUGCAUGUUUGCUGCAGAUAAAACCUUGCACUCGAAGCUAUCAUACAAACCGUAUUUGCAGAGAAGAUUGCUACGAAGUGUUGGGGCGUUGCGUGGACUGGAAUAAGAUAACGUUGAAGCACUCGGUAGCUUCUCUCUGUCAGAUGUUUUCUCCGAAUGAUGACAGUGAGUCGGAAUGUGUAUCACUGAAGAGAUAUCACGAGCCCAGCGAUGUUAUGCUGAAGAACACCGAUGUAUUGUUAGUUUCACCUUGUAGAGGUAAUCCAUGCAACUCGAGUCAAGUGUGUAUUGUAAACCGGGACGGGACAUUUGGCUACAAAUGUGUAAGCGGUUGUCCUCUCGGAGAAGCGUCAUCUUACAUGGUACCAGAGGGGACAUUUGUUCGCAUUCCGGUGUCGUCCACUGUGAAAGGAUGUCUUAAAGUCUGUCGAUGUGGAUUUGGAGGGCGGAUAGAAAAGUGUCAGCCUAUUCCGUGUAUAAACUAUGAUGCAUGCAUUUUGGCAGGAAAGCGAUUCGACCAUCUAUCGUUCUUUUACGUCGAAUGCAACAUAUGCAGUUGCUUCGCAGGUGAAAUCACAUGUACGAAGAAACAAUGUCGUAUACCGGGUAUCAUCAAUAGAUCGUUCACUACGAUGCCGUGCAAUUGUCCCGUGCAUUACGUUCCGGUUUGUGCCCGCAACGGCAAUACAUAUCCUUCGGCGUGCAUAGCCAAAUGCGCUGGAAUUCAAGACGGGGACAUUCAAUUUGGACCAUGCCGGGCACGGGACCCAUGUGAUGGAGCAGAGUGCAAUCCGUUUUCAGUAUGCAUUCCGGAUAGAAACAUUUGCUUAUCAACUAUGCAUAAGCCAUGCCCUCAGCAUCAAUGUGUAAGUCUCGCGUCGGUAAACUGCUCGGUGAUUACAUCCAUUCGCGAUACGAACCUAAACUUCUACCCCACGGUAUGCGACCUUGUCAAGUCCGGUGGACUGUUCGCCUAUCGGGAGAAGUACAUCAGCUAUUGCGAAACGUCUCGGAAGCGUACGCAGGUCUGCGGUGUCAACGGAAUUACAUACAGGAGUGAAUGCGAGGCUUGGGCUGAUUAUUCAACGGUGGACUAUAACGGACCAUGUCAGGAGGUUGGAGUGAUAAGCGAAACACUGGAAGCCAAAUGUGCGUCCGUAAAAUGUCCCCGGCGCAAAUGGCAUGAGUGUAGCAUGGUGAUACCGCCUGGGGCAUGCUGUCCUAUUUGUGGAUCGGCACUGCGAAUUGUUUAUUCUAGGAAGCAAGUUGAUCGAGCGUUGUAUGCGUUGAAGGGGGUGAAUACGGAAAUUCUCACCCUGAAGUCUAUUCUACGCUCUCUAGAACGGUUGCUACAAACGGUAGAGUGCAGAAUCAGUGGUCAGUUGACGUUCGAGAAUGAUAUUUAUGUGAUUAUCGAGAAUGUUGGCAGCCAUGCGAAUUAUUUGCAGGUAGAAAUUUGUGCCCGCGAAGCAGAGAAAUUGGUUACUCUGAUAAAGACACAAAGCCAUAUGAUAACUAGCGAGCUUAAUCUAAGUGCAUUAAUAGUUGCCAAUUUAGUUAAGACCAAUGUAGGUAGUGGAGCGCACGUAAAUUCUACAAGAUUGUGGUUUUUAUCCGUAAUUGUGCAAUCCUUGUUUGUACUUCGGAUAUUUAUCAAAUACCAUUGAAGUAUGUA